AUGGCUAGAGGGACAGCUGUGGUCUCUGCCACACUGGUUGUAAAUAUUUUGAACAUUACCCCUGAACCAGAGCAGCCUCGACCUUACCUUCCUCCCGGCCAGAGGCCAGACCAUGGCUUGCUGGCCGCCUGCAUCCUGAGGAUGGCCCAGCCAGAGGGCCAGGCCUUGGCAGGCCCCUCCGACAGGCAGAGACUGUUCCCAUCACAGGAGAAUGGAGCAGGCGAGACCUGCUUUGGGGUCCUUGGGGGCCCUGAGCCACUUCUUCGACUGCAGAGGACGUGGGGGGUGUGGCAGAUCCCAGAGCUGGGCGUCCAGGGUGCAGAAGCCCUUCUGAAGUCGUGGCCACCGGGGAGUUUCCUGGUCACAGGACAUGACCCCAGCCAGGUCCUGGUGUUGAGGACAGGACCUUCACCAGGGGAAGUCAACACCUACCAGAUCCAGAAGCUUCCUGGAGGCGUGUCUCUGGAAUCUUCUAAUCUCUGCAUGCCAGACCUGCCCCAGCUCCUGGCCUUCCUAUCAGCAAGCAGGGAUGUUUUACCCAGAAUGCUGCUCUUGCCCCCUCCCACUCCAGGGCCCAGGGAACAACACACAGUUCCUCUGCAGAUUGGCAGUGUCCAACUCAACACCUCAGGGAGCGUGCUGUCUGUGGUGAACAAGCUCUACCUGGAGACCCACGGAGGGCAGGGGGUAAAACAGGCUACCCCAGAGACACCUCCAGAGACUGCCAAGAAAAAUGAUCCAGCCCCCAGGAACCCCCGCCCUCAUCGGGUCUCUUGGGUGGAAGGCCCACUCAGUCCAGAAAUAAACCAUCCUGGGCCAGCUCUGGCCAGCCUAGGGGAGGAGGAGAAGGACGACGACAAAGAUGAAGAAGAAGGACCUGAGGAUGUGCUUACUAGUCACAUCCGGGUUCUAGCCAGGGCCCGGAGCAGCUACGUGGCCAGGCAGCUGCGAGGCUUUCAGGCACGCCUCAUCUCAAAUGCUGGGGGCCCCCACAGGCCUGGGGACCCCGCCAUCGAGCUGCUUCAGGAUGUGCGGCAUCUCCUUACUGACCUCCAGGACCACUUAGCAAAGGACCCCCAUGUCAGGACUGUCUUUGGGAGCAGAGGGCCUGGGGUCCCCCAGAAGGACAAGGAUCUUGGCCCCGCGGUGGAGGCGGCCUUGUGCCGGGCGGUGCUGGCGCCGCUGAAGUCGGCCCUGUGGACACAACUCCGCACGCUCCGCGCCCCGGAGCUGCGGCGGCUGCGGAGGCGACAGAUAGCCCUGCGGCUGGGGGCGGGGCCUCCUGGAGCCCAGGGGGAGGGGCCUGAGGGACAGGGCCCCGCCCCCACCCUGCGGAGCCGCAUCCACUCGCGCCUGGGGCACCUCCACGCAGCCUGCGCCCCACGCCGCAAGGUGGCGUUGCUGCUGGCGGUGUGCAGCGACAUCUACGAGGGCCUGGCUUCGGGCGAGAACAAAGAGCCCCAGGGCGCCGACGCCUUCCUCCCGGCGCUGACCGAGGAGCUCAUCUGGAGUCCGGACAUUGGGGAGACACAGCUGGAUGUGGAGUUUCUUAUGGAGCUCUUGGAUCCUGAAGAGCUACUGGGAGAAGUUGGGUACUACCUGACCACGUGGUUCGGGGCGCUGCACCACAUUGCUCACUACCAGCCCGAGGGGGGACGCUCGCCCCAGGGGCUCAGUUCCGAGGCCAGUGCCUCCCUGCGCCAGUGGCACCGCAGGCGAACGCUGCAAAGACAGGGCCACUCCAGAGCCCAGGCUGCCCUGCCCUUUGAGGAACCCUGGGGAAUAGAGACUGUGCCAAGAGACCAAAGAUGAAUAGGGGGUCUCAAACCUUUCUGCUCUGCAAGCAAGAUGCAGAGGCACCUGUUGUUUAGGGGCAGCAAGGAGGAGGCGGUUCCAGGAAAUGGGAACAGCCUACCUCUGGGCCUUUGCAUCGGCUGUUCCUACUUCCUGGAAUGCCCUUCCCUACACUAUUCUUCCCCUCUCUACCUUCAGACUUUGGGGCAGAUUUCACAGUCUCACUGAGGCUCUCUCAGACACGAAUGUCUAAAACUGCAACUCCUCUCCCUUGACCCUCCCUGCGGAAGGCAGAAAAUGCCCCCCCCCCCAUCGGUGUCCUCUUCCUAAUGCCCAGAAUCCGUGACUGUUACCUUACAUGGUAAAAGAGACUUUACAGAUGUGAUUAAGUUAAGGAUCUUAAGAUAAGGAAGGUACCCUGGAUUCUGGUGGGCCCAGGGUAACCACAGGGUCCUUGUAAGAGGGAGGCAGGAGGGUCAGUCAGAGGAAGAGACGUGGUGGUGGAAAUAGAGGUCGGAGUGAGGGUCGGCAACCAAAGAAUGCAGGCACCCUCUAGAAGCUGAAAGUGACAAGGAUUGGAUUUCCCCCGGGACCUCCAGCAGAACCUCAGCCUUUGAUUUUAAGCCCCUCAGAACUGUUUUGGAUUUCUGGCCUUCAGAACUGCAAGAUAAUAAACUGGUGUGUUUUGGGUAA